AUGAGUAAAGAUUUGAACAAAGUACCAGCCUCUAACGAAGACAAUGUAAAUGUUACAUGUAAACGCAAACGAACAAACUCAUUUGGUCAAGAAGAACAAUAUAUAAUUGAAAAUAUAAAAGAAAAUGAAAUUUCGUUUUAUAAUGGUAAAGAUUUUACAGGAAAAAACAUACCAGUGGUUUCUUCAAACAGAGAAGAAUCUUUAUGGAUAAAAUCUAUAGAGAAUGUUGUUAAGAGUGUUGUAUCGAUUCGAUUUUCACAUGUUUCUGCUUUUGAUACAGAAUUUCCAGAGAGCGGGGAAGCAAGUGGGUUCAUAAUAGAUGCAAAAAAUGGAUAUAUUUUAACAAAUCGUCAUGUUGUAUCAUCAGGACCUUUUUGGGGACAUGCUAUUUGUGAAAAUCAUGAAGAGAUUGAAGUAUAUCCUAUUUAUAGAGAUCCGAUUCAUGAUUUUGGGAUCUUGAAAUUUAAUCCAAAAAGCAUUAGAUAUAUGCCAGUUGUGGCUAUUCCAUUGCGUCCAGAUCUAGCUCGUGUAGGUACAGAGAUUAGAGUAGUGGGUAAUGAUGCAGCUGAAAAAUUAUCUAUACUUUCAGGAUGGAUAUCAAGAGUAGACAGAAAUGCUCCCGAAUAUGGAGAUUUUACGUAUUCUGAUUUUAAUACUAAUUAUAUCCAAGCAGCUGCAAAUGCAAGUGGCGGGAGCUCAGGAAGUCCAGUAGUAAACAUUGAUGGUUAUGCACUUGCAUUACAAGCAGGCGGAAAAACACAGGCAGCAACGGAUUUUUUCUUACCUCUUGAUCGUCCUCUUCGUACUUUAAAAUGUCUUCAAAAUAAUCUUCCUAUAACAAGAGGAACUAUUCAAGUACAAUGGAUGAUAAAGCCAUUUGAUGAAUGUCGUAGACUUGGAUUAAGUCCUGACGUAGAGGCAUGUAUUCGACAAUCAUUUCCAGAAGAAGUAGGUCUUCUUGUUGCAGAAACAGUCCUUCCAGAAGGACCAGGAGAUGGUUUGAUAGUUGAAGGAGACAUUUUGAUACGUGUAAAUAAUGAAAUUCUCACAAAACACAUUCCAUUGGAAAGUAUUUUAGAUGAAUCUGUCGGGAAAGAAAUACAAAUAUCAGUCCAAAGGGGAGGGGAGGAUAUAAAUAUAAAAAUAGAAGUAUGCGACAAACAUAAAAUUACACCAGAUAGAUAUGUUGAAUAUUCCGGGGCAAAAUUUCAUAAUCUAUCAUAUCAAUUAGCACGAAGUUAUGCUGUUGCUGUCAAAGGUGUAUUUAUUUCUGAACCAGAGGGCUCUUUUCGACUAGAAGGUCCAGAUCAAGGCUAUAUAUUAGAUACAGUCGAUACCAAACCUGUACCAGAUUUAGAUACAUUUAUAGAAGUUGUUAAAGAUAUACCUGAUCGAAAACAUGUUGUAGUAACAUAUAAAGUUAUCCAUGAUAUGCAUAGUCUUUGCACUCAAAUAAUUCAUAUAGAUCGCCAUUGGGCUACUAAGUUUCGACUUGCUAUUCGAAAUGAUUCAACAGGAUUAUGGGAUUUUCAUGAUUUAGGGAGUCCGCCUCCACCAGAAAAAAUAGAGCCCAAAACCGCAAAAUUUAUUACAUUAGAUAACAAUUUUGGCCAUGCGGCAAGUUUAGUUAAAAGUUUCGUAAAAAUAUCAUAUUUUAUGCCUAUACGAUUAGAUGGAUUUCCAAAAGGAAGAAAAUCAGGGACCGGACUUAUUGUUGAUAAAGAUAGAGGGCUCGCAGUUACUUCCAGAUCUAUUAUACCCUUUGCAUUGGGUGAUCUUUUAUUAACAUUUGCUGACUCGAUUAUUAUACCUGGAAAAAUUGAACAUCUCCAUCCUACACAGAAUAUCGCCUUUAUUAGUUAUGAUCCUAAGCUUUUGGCAGAUACUCCUGUUCAGGCAGCAAAACUUAGCAAUGAACGUCUUUCUCAAGGAAGUUCUAUAUACUUUGUAGGAGUAAAUCAUAGUAAUAGAAUUGUUGGCACAAAAACUGUCGUUACAGAUGUAACAACAGUUACAAUCCCUCAAAAUGCAACCCCAAGAUUCCGUGCAAUUAAUGUUGAUUCUAUAUUUAUUGAUACUAAUUUGGGAUCUCAAUGUGGAUCAGGUGUUCUCUGCGGAGAAGAUGGAAGGGUUAAAGCACUUUGGUUAACAUAUUUGGGAGAACGAACAUCUAGCGGAAAAGAUGUUGAUUAUCAUAUGGGACUGGAUAUAUCAACAAUUUUACCAAUUCUAGAGAAAUUACGACUAGGGAUUACUCCUAAAUUGCGAAUUUUAAAUAUAGAAGUUUAUUUCAUUCAAAUGGCACAAGCUCGAAAUAUGGGCGUUAGUGAUGAAUUGAUUUGUCGUGUUGAAGAUGCAAAUCCUGAAAAACAUCAAUUACUUCUCGUAAGACGAGUGGAAUCAGGAAAUGGACCCAAACUUCUUCAGGAUGGCGAUGUUAUUUUAACAGUAAACCAAAAAAUAGUUACUCGAAUGCAAGAUUUAGACGUACAAUACACGUCAGAAGAGUUAAAAAUGGUUAUACUUCGAAAACGAAAAGAACUUACCCUAAACAUUCCUACAGUUCUUGCAGAAGCAAGUGAAACGGAUCGUGUAGUUAUGUGUUUUGGUGCAUUACUUCAAGCACCUCAUCGUGCAGUAAGACAGCAAUCCAAAACACUCCACACACAAGUUUAUGUAUCUGCAAAAAGUAAGGGUUCACCAGCAUAUCAGUAUGGGCUUGUACCAACAAUGUUUAUUACACAUAUAAAUAGUGUUUUUACGCCCGAUCUUGAUGCACUUUUAAAGGCUGUAUUACCCAUCCCCGAUAAUACAUAUGUACGAAUACGAACAACUACUUUUGAUAAUAUCCCUAUUGUUCUUACAUUAAAACUUAAUUUACAUUAUUUUCCAACUGUAGAACUAAUUAAGGACGAAACCUGUGAAAACGGCUGGAGGCAAAUUGUUUAUGAAUCUAAAUAA